AUGGGUGCAGAAUUUGUUUGUUUACUGCAGUUUUUCUCUGAAAUUCUGGGAAAAAUAAAUAAAGUAUCUCAGCAGCUACAGGACAAACAGACAGACCUUGGAAAAGCAGCUAAACUUAUUUCUUGUCUUCGUGAAGAUUUAGCUGAUGUAAGAAACUCCAACUUAAUUGAGAAUUGUUCUAAUACGGUUGACGAACUCUGUAAAAAAUGUGACAUUUCACCAACAGCGACAAGAAAACAUUCUAGAAAACCUCGACAGCUCCGUGAUUUUAUCAUACUGGAAACAUCUGGCCAGAGAGUUGUGGAGCCAAGUCAUGCACAACACGUCACAAUCUUGUAUGAAGUACUAGAUUGUUUAAAUAGUAAAUUAGAGCGUCGCUUUUCAAAAGAUUCAUGUGUGAUCUUCUGUGGCAUUUCAGCUCUCUGUCCUGAAGGACAGACAUUCUUGCAUGAGGAUGACUUGAAGUCAUUUGCUUUAUCAUAUUCAGUUAAACAAAGUAAUUUAAAACACGAGCUACCUUUAGUCAAGAAAUUGCUCCAGAAAGAACCUCAGCCACCUACAUCACUGGUGGAGUUUUUGUCAUUUAUUCAUCCAUAUAAAUCUGCCUUUGAUUGCUUAUACAGGUUACUAUUGAUAGCUGUAACACUUCCUGUUACUAGUGCUUCUUGUAAAAGAAGUUUUUCCAAAAUAAGAAUCGUAAAAACAUUUCUUAGAAAUUCAAUGACUAGUGAGAGACUAAGUAACACUGCAUUAUCAUCAAUUGAAAGUAAACAGGCUGAGAGUAUUGACUUAGAUAGUUUUGUAGAUGAGUUUGACAGCUGA